AUGUCGUCCGUUGUCAAACUUGAGCCCCUAUCCGGUGUGAAAGAUGAAGGCCCGCUGUGUUAUUUGUUGCAGAUAGAAGAAACCUAUUUAUUAUUGGACUGCGGUUGGGAUGACAAAUUCGACAUGGCCUACAUAGAAUCCAUAAAAUCACGAGCAUCCCAGAUUUCUGCUGUUCUCAUCACACAUCCAGAUCAACCGCAUUUGGGUGCAUUAGCGUAUCUCGUGAAAUAUUGUGAUUUAACGGCGCCAAUUUAUUGCACGGUUCCAGUAUACAAAAUGGGUAUGAUGUUCAUGUAUGACUGGAUCAAUAGUCUCAUCAGCGUCGAGAACUUUGAAUUAUUCACAUUAGAUGACGUGGACGUUGCAUUUGAUCGAAUACAAAAAUUGAAGUUCAAUCAAACAGUGCCACUCCGUGGUGAUAGCCAAAUUAAAAUCACUGCCCUACCUGCUGGACAUAUGAUCGGUGGAGCUAUGUGGCGAAUCACGCGUCACGACGAGGAGGAUAUCAUUUAUGCGGUAGACUAUAAUCACAAAAAGGAACGUCAUCUGAAUGGAUGCUCUUUCGACACUAUUCUGAGACCUUAUUUGUUGAUCACGGACUCUUUAAAUGCUCUCUACACUCAACCGAGAAGGAAGGAACGAGAUGAACAACUGGUUACAACUAUUUUGAAAACGGUCCGUCAAAAUGGUGACUGUGCUAUAGUGAUUGAUACCGGAGGUCGGGUGCUCGAGAUCGCUCACUUAUUAGAUCAGCUGUGGGCCAAUACUCAGUCCGGUCUACAAAAGUAUAAUCUUGUAAUGAUGAGCCAUGUUGCCGCGUCUGUAGUCGAGUUCGCGAAGUCUCAAGUGGAAUGGAUGUCAGACAAAGUUCUGAACUUCGAGAUGGGUCAUACAAAUCCAUUUUUACUACGAAACGUCAAACUGUGCCAUUCACAAAUUGACUUGGCAAGAGUUCGUUCACCAAAGGUAGUAUUGUGCAGUGGAAUUGAUAUGGAGUGUGGCUAUUCUCGAGAGCUCUUUCUGGACUGGUGUACUGACAGUAGAAAUUCGUUCAUUAUAACAGGUCGAUCGAGUGAGCGGACUUUGUGUUCGAAACUGAUUUACAUGGCCGAAUGCUUGGCGACAAAUGCAAGAACAAACCGAAUUGUUGCCUUAGAGGUGAAAAAAAGAGUUCGACUGGAAGGAGCAGAGCUUGAAGCGUAUAAGAAGAAGAAACUACAAAAAGACAAAGAAGAGGCGAGAUUGGAAGAGCAAGAGAAGCGCCAAGCAGAACUGCGUGGAUUCGACUCGGAUGACGAUGAUGAGAUCAUGGCGAGCGCUUUAGUGGCUGUGGAAGCACUGUGUACAAAGAAGAAACGUGAAGAAGAGCAGCAGGCAGCUGCGGUGGCUGCAAGGGAAAAUGGCACGAUGCCAUUCUUCAAAAGAUUCAUGCCAAUUCUUCUCCCAAUGUAUCCUGUUUUGGAGGAAAAAGUCAAGUGGGAUGUUUAUGGCGAAAAGUACAGGCCAGAAGAUUACACAGUAUCGAAGCUACGAGUCCAUUUGCCUGUCCCGCAGGAGAUAAUCAAAGAAGCAGACGAUCCCACAGCAAAUAUGGCGGUGCCAGUUAGCUGUAACGUGGAGUACAUUGAGUUUGAAGGCCGAUCGGAUGGUGAAUCUACGAAAAAGCUUAUCGCUCAGAUGAAACCGAAGCAGCUUAUUAUUGUUCAUGGAUCGGCGCAAGCUACACGACAUCUUGCCCAGUACUGCUAUGACAAUAAUAUCGGUCACAUCUUCGCUCCUUCUGUUGGCGAGGUUGUCGAUGCAACUGUGGCCUCCCAUAUCUACAGAAUCUUACUAAGCGAUGAGCUACUGGAUCAAGUUUCUAACUGUAUCUCGUUAUUUUGGAUUUCUAGUGUUAUGAUUUUCUUUCCUUAUUUUUCGGUUCAAUUUGAGAGAGAGAGAGNUUCUCCACGUCAUAUGGUUUUGCAGGUGGUAUAUGUAAAUGAUCCGAAGCUUUCUGAAAUGAAACAACUACUGAUUAAUAUGGGCUAUUCUGCUGAGUUCUCAUCAGGAGUUUUGUAUAUAGGAGGAGUGAUCUCAAUUCGUCGUAAUGAAGCCGGUCGAUUCCACAUUGAAGGAUGCGCUGGCCCGUUGUACCUCAAACUACGAGAUAUAAUCUUGGAGCAAUUCAUGGUCCUUUGA